ACAACAAUGUACAAGAAAGGGGUUUAGUCCAACGCCAGCUCGGCCUCGGGAAUACCCGAGAAGGUAGCGUGAAGAAGCAGCUGCAGGCGGGCCGACUGCCCGGGGCGGACCCCAGAGAGCAGAAUGUCUUGGCCAGAUGGCACCACCUCCAGGUACUGGAGGCCAGUCUUCCACACCAUGAGCUGAGGUCUGGGGUCAUGCAUGGCAAGGGCCAGGAGGGUGGGCAGUCAGCAGCCCAGAGGGCCAGGUGGGCGUGUCUGAAUGCAGGGAGGGGCCAAUGAAAAGGACCCUUGAAGAAGUGAUGUCACUGAAGACACGCCCAGUAGAACCUGAACUGUGACCCGAACGGAACCAAGCUCCUGGUCGCAGACCCCAGUCCUGCUCACUUGACCGGAGGCGCUCGACAGAGCAACAUGCGGUCUUGUUGUGCGGAGCCUUCUGAAGGCGUGGGAGUCAGGGAAGCCGAGAGGGAGAGUCUCCCCACUCGCUGUGGGCGCUGGCUCGGUGACCUCCUCCACCGCCUCUGUCCGUGUCUCCCGAGGAGCCCCGAGGUAACACAGGGCAGCCCAGAGCGGGCCACUCCAGCGCCAGGCCACAAGUGUGAGCCAUCCGGGCUGGCCUUCCCCCCAGCCCUUCCUGUGUGUGUGCGGUGGGCGUGGGGCACGGGUGGGACUGCAGGCCGGGCAGGAGGGGGCGGUCAGUGGCACAGCUCUGGUCUCAGCAUUCAGGAGUGGAGGUGAGUGUCGGGACCAGGCACUUCCACCCGCAUGUUAGUCCUGAGCCCGGGGGUGUCCUCUCCUGCCCCCAGGGACUAGAAGUCUAGGCAGAUGGCCGUGUGUGCCUGACCUCGGGGGCAGGGUUUGGGGCCCACAUUACCCCCUCUGGGGAGGUCCAGGCGGCCCCGGGUGCCUCCUCCCCAGCUAUGAGGCACCAGCUUUGCAGAGCUCCACCCUGGGGAGCGUGGAGGAGCUGGUGGAUGGACUCACCUACUCCACCUCCCUGGGCCUGGGGCAGGCUGUCUACACCCAGGACCCCGUUCCAAACCUGGCAACCUGCCAGGGCCCUCCCAGGGCUGCCCCACGAGAGUGGCAGACAGUCCCACUCCAGGGGGCCUGGAACCUCAUUCCCGGGGGGGACCCCGUGCCUCUCCUUGCUCACAUCCCAGGGGGCUGGGGGCUCUCGGGUGAGCUGCAAACCUCCCUUGUCCUGGUGGGUCCUGGGUUUCCCACUGACUAAAUCCCUGCUGCCCCCCUCAGCCUGAACAUGAGCCAACUGUUCAUGGGACUGAGGUCCCCAGGCGCAGGGCUCCCCAGACAGGCACAAGGAGGAAGUGGAGAAAGCGCACGGCACCAGUGGAACCAGCUCCAAACACCAGCCGGAGCAGUCCCGAGGCCACACUCCCUCCCGAGGACGCUGACCAGCCCACACAUGUGCAGGAGAAGCAGGGACUGUUCAGGGCAAGAAGGUCGUCUUCAGGGGCAACCCUCAGCCGGAACGCUUGUUGGUCCCUACUCCCUGCCACGGACGCUGACCAGCCGGCCACGGGCCCGCGGCUCCCCCGGUCACGGCCGGGGAGCGUCACGGGCGAUGCCCUCAUGGUCUCCUCAUGUGAUGAGGGGCAUGACGAGGGGCCAGAGGAGGAUCUGAGAAUCCCCAGGAUGGGACGGGCUAGGCGCCUGGCCUGGGAGCCCCAGCGUGUGCCCAGUGUCAUCGAUGCCAGCCAGCUGUCAUCCACCCUGGUGGGCCGAGUCCUCCACCACUUGGUCCAGGAGGAGCACCUGGGGCCCGCGGUGGCAGAGCUGGAAGACCCACGGCAGAGGCAGCUGGCUCCAGAGACACAGGGGGGCCCCGCUUCGUGGGUAGAGCCCGUCCAGGAGCUCCCUGCGACCCCUGUGCUGGAGCUACGGCCGGUGUCACCUGCUUCAGCCCCUGAAGAGCCGGAGGAUGUCCCAGCAGUGGCCUCAGCCCCGGGUCCAGGCCCUGAGCUGGAGCCCCAUGAGCCCUUGGGCACGGGGCCUGGAGCACCAGCCGGAAUGGCAUUAGGCCUGGCAGAGCCAGGGGCAGACCCGGAGCCCACCAGACCCUGUGCCAUGAGCCCCUGGGACAUCCCAGGAGUGGUCUCAGGCCCCGAGCUGGAGCCCCAUGAGCCAUCGGGCCCGGGGCCCAUGGCACCUGCCAGAAUGGCACUGGGCCUGGCAGAGCCAGAGGCGGACCUGGAGCCCACCAGACCCUGUGCCAUGAGCCCCUGGGACAUCCCAGGAGUGGUCUCAGGCCCCGAGCUGGAGCCCCAUGAGCCUUCGAGCCCGGGACCCGUGGCACCUGCCGGAAUGGCACUGGGCCUGGAAGAGCCAGAGGCGGACCCGGAGCCCACCAGCCCCUGUGCCUGGAGCACCUGGGAUGAGCCGGGGGAGGAGGAGCCGACGAUCCUGGCGUUUCCCCCCUCCCUGGUGGCCGAGCAGCUGACCCUGAUGUGUGCGGAGCUGUACGGCAGGAUUGAAUUUGGUGAAUGUAAGACCUACUUAGAGAGCCAGCCACUGAUGGAAGGCAUUGAGCUCCUGGCCCCCAACAUCCAUAACAUCAUGAGGCAAUUUGAUGCCACGUUUUACUUCGUCACCUCCUCCUGCCUCGGGGCCCCGAGCUUGAUGGCCCAGGACAGGGCCCGAGUGGUGGAGUUCUGGAUCCAGGUGGCCAAGGAGUGCCUGGACCUCAAAAAUUUCGAGUCCCUCCACGCCAUUCUCUGUGCCCUGGGGAGCUCUGCUGUGUGUCGUCUGGAGAGCACCUGGGGACAUGUUUCCUGGAAGAGCUUCUGGAGCUAUAAAAAACUUCAAAAGAGGGACCAGGGGCUUAACGGGAAGCAGCUCCUCAAGGAGGCGAGGGCCACGGUGAGGCGACGGCGGCAGGCCCCCUACGGAUACCUGGAUAGGAAGGCGCAGGGCAUAGUCCCGUUCCUUGGAUAUUUUCUGCGUGACGUGCCCAUGGACCAACUCUCGGAAUAUAAUGCGGACGUGAGUGACCCAGCGAGGCACCGGAAGGGCAGGAUGGUCACUCUCAUCGGACGUGAGAUCAUGAUGCACAAGCGCGUGGCCGCGCUGUAUGACCUGGAGCCCGAUGAGCGCUUCCUGUCCUUCUUUCAAACCGUGGAGCCCCUGGAUGAGGAGAAGAGCUACCGCCUGUCCUGCCAGCUGGAGGCCUCAGGCCAGUGGGCCAGGAUAAAGGGGCUGUUGCAGUUCUUCAGGUCCCACGAGAUAUAAACUUAGUGGCCAGGGCCAGCUGCUGUCAUCGGGCCCGUGGUCCUGCUGGUGUCCUGGCUGCGUGCGGACAAGAGCUUCUUCCCCUUCAGCAGGUGGCACCUGGCGCCCCAGGACCCCAGUCUGCUUGC